CACGUUGUAUGUACUGUACUGUACUGUAUGUCUCCCCCAACUGGGUCUCCCCAACUGGGUCACCAACUGGUCUAGUCUCCGUGAGUCCGUACCAAGCUUUUUGAACGCAUAUAAAAUGAGCCCAUCAAGCCAUGCUCGCCAACCAUAUCUCGCACCUGCUGCUCCCGCUGGUCAGCUUAUUGGUCAGCAGUGUGUUCGCGUACCCGACCUCGGAGGCCAAGGGGGCGCGAACCGUUGCCCACUUUCCAAAGUCCACCUGGAUCGAAAACAUUGCCGUGCGAGCCAACGGCAAGCUUUUGGUGACAACCCUCCUCCCCGACGCAGCCCUGUACCAGGUCGAUCCUUUUCACCCUCAUCAGAAACCCGUCCUUGUCGCCAAUUUCACAUCGGCAACUGCAUCGGGUGCGUUUGGCAUUGCCGAGCUGUCGAAGGACUACUUUUUUGUCGCCACAAGCAACUGGACCAACAACGAGACCGCGCAGCCCAACACGGUGUGGAAGAUUAAUAUGGCAAAGUUUGACGUAGCUCCCCACGGCAAAAGGCACAUCGAGAAGGUGAUCGACAUAAGCGACGCCGGGGCGCUCAUCAACGGCGUUACCGCCCUUGACAAGAGAGCCGGAACCCUACUCCUCGGCGACAGCAACCAAGGAUGUGUCUAUGCCCUCGAUACGGUCGCACGUUCGUAUAAGAAGGUGCAGGAUCACGCGUCCAUGAAAGCUGUACCGGACAGCGCACUGCAGAUUGGCAUUAACGGUAUCCACGUCUGGAACGGCGCCUUAUAUUUCACCAACACCGAUCAAACCACUUUGACCAAGGUUGCCAUUGCAAAGGACGGCACCGCAGCGGGGCCGUACGAGCUCGUUGCCACCCUUCACACCAUCGUCGACGAUCUCGCGAUCGGGCAGAACGGCGACGCGUACAUCACCACCGGACCGACAAACUCCAUCGAGCUCGUCCAGCCGGACGGGUCCGUUAGGAGGAUCGCAGGGGGCAACGCAAACUCGACGCUUUUUGCUGGAACUACGGCGGCCCAGUUUGGCCGUAUUGCCGGCGACCGAACGGUGCUGUACGUCACAACCAAUGGUGGCCUCGCUGCCGGUACGUUUGACGACGGCGGACGGGUCGUGGCCGUUCAAACGCGAUGAAGAUUGGUGAAGGUCGGGGUGACAUCAUCUUGAGGGACCUAUGUAGAGACGGCCGAGAUAGGGAACUUUUGUGUCAUUUGGGUAUCUCUACAGUGAAAAUU